UUAAACAGAAAAAUAUAGCUACUCCAAUAUUAUACAAUUCUAAAAAUUUAGAUAGUAAUGAAAAUAAUAAUUUAAUAACAAUUUCAGAUUCAGAAAAAUUUAAAUCUAAGAAUAAUAAGAUCGAAGAUGAUUUAAUUAAUAAUGAAUGGCAAUAUCAAGAUUUAAUUAAUAAAUAG